ACUCUGACCUUCUGUGUCUGUAGUCGGCUCUCAUACGAGGAGGAUUUUUGCGGGUUAGAAAAUGAAAGUGUUCCUUCAGAUGAAUUGAUUAUUAAAGCUAUUUCAUUUGCUCGGCAACAGUUACUCCCACUCUCAGAUACGAUUCGAACAGGCAGCGGGUUACACGGCUGCUGUCAGAUGACACCGACCAAGCCUACAUGUGUUGCUCAGUGUCGGGAUUUGUUUUGCUACAUAGCUAGUUAGCUCUUGGCUAGUCGGCUAGCUAGCAGGCUCUGUCAUCGCUAAUAGUGCUGACUUUUAAAAGGGGCAUUGCUGUCAAGUCGGGAUAACAUCCUGUUUUAGAAAUCAGCGUAAAUCGGGAGACCAGCACCCGCUGCUCUCUCCGGGACUCAUGAACGCCCCUUUAUCACAAUGUAUCCGAGGUCAGUUUUACCAAAUGACGGAACAAGCCUCUGUAAAGUAGCUAAUUACAGUGAUCUAGCCCACCUGAGUUAGUUAUAGCUCACAGUAUCCACCGUCAAUAUUUCAAGCAGCGGGCAGCGUGACGACAAGGUUUGGACAAGCUAACCGGAAAAGCGUUAGCUAACCGGGCUAGCUAGGAUAACGUUACCUCGCAUCAUCGGUUAACCGUUGGGAUAACGUUUCCACACCGACAAUGGCUAACGUCACAGACCUGCAAACAAAAUAUAGCAAGCUGGCACAGGAGUACUCCAAGCUUCGUGCCCAGAAUCAAGUGUUGAAGAAGGCAGUUGUAGAUGAACAGGCCAACUCUGCCUCACUAAAGGAGCAGCUGAAGCAGAGGGACCAGAGCCUGAGGAAGCAGGAGCAGGAGAUGGACAGUCUCAGCUUCAGGAACCAGCAACUGGCUAAGAGGGUGGAACUGCUGCAAGAGGAGCUAGCUGCGAGUGAAGCCAAGGGCAAAAAGGGGAAGACUAAAGGGGACUCUCCCUCACAACAUGGGUUGCAAACCCAGAGUGUUUUUGAUGAGGACCUGCAGAAAAAGAUAGAAGAAAAUGAACGACUUCAUAUCCAAUUUUAUGAAGCAGAUGAGAAGCACAGGAGGCAGGAGGCUGAGCUGAGGGCACGACUAGAGGAGCUGGAGAAAGACUCAGAGCAGCACCAAGGUGUUGUGGACGGACUCACCACUAAGUACAUGGAAACAAUUGAGCGGCUGCAGGGCGACAAGGCACGCUUAGAGGUUAAAGCACAGACUCUGGAGAGGGAAGCAAAAGAGUGUAGGAUGAGAACAGAAGAGUGUCAGCAGCAGUUGAGGCGGUGCCAGUCAGAGCUGAACAGACAGGUGAAACAAAGCAGCAGUGUUAUCCAGGAGAAAGUGCCCUUCAAUGACACCAAAUUUAGUGACUACAACAGCCUAAAUGUACCACCACACAAUCGAAGGCACCAGCUUAAGGCCCGGGACGUGGCAGGACAAGCUCUGAGCUUUCUUCAGGACCUGGUUGCUGCUCUGUUGAACUUUCACUCCUACACAGAGCAGAGAGUACACAUCUAUCCCCUGGACUCCUCCAUUGAGCCCAUCUCCCCUCUUAACCAGAAGUUUUCUCAGUACCUUCAUGAGAAUGCAGCCUUUGUGCGCCCCCUGGAGGACAGCUUUCUGCAGUUACACCAAAGCAUCACAGAGGACACGGUCACAGUACUGGAGACUGUGGUGAAGCUGAAGAGCUUUGCUGAUAAUUUCUCCUCAUACACUCACUUUCUGCAAAAGAUUCUUCCCUACCAACUGAAAAGCCUGGAAGAGGAGUGUGAGGCAACCCUUUGUACUGCUGCCCUUACUGCGAAAAACCAGGAGCUGCAGAGUGACAUGAAGAGAGUAACUUCUGUGUUUGAGAAACUGCAGAACUACAUUAAUCUUUUGGCCUUACCCAGUGUUCGGCAGGAUGCCAUGCCACAGAGCAGCACCUCAGCUGUCUUCACCCAGCUGGCUGCCUGCCUGCACAGCCUCCAUGAUGCCAUUAAAGAGAUGUCAAAGCACUACAACCAGAAGGCCAGCUUAGAGCAGGAGCUCCCCACUGUCACCCAGAAGCUCUGUACCACCACAGAAUGCCUGCUGGGAUCUCUGGGCUCGCUGACAAACAGCACUGGCAAGAUUGCCACUUUCUUCAGCAACAACUUGGACUUCUUCACAUCCUCAGGCUACAGUCCAAGAGGCAGCACAGUAGCCCUCAACCCUUUGCAAGCUGAUAGUAUGCUGGCCAACAAAAAGAAAGCAGCUGCCUAUAUCCAUGCUAUCAAAAAGCCCAGGCCACAGUCUGUUCCAUACAGAGAAGCCCUGUCAAACCGCCGUAUACUUACCAGCUCCACUGAGAGCAGAGAGGGUCUCACUCAACAGGUGCAGCAGAGCCAGGAGAAGAUCGCUCGGCUGGAGCAGGAGAAGGAGCACUGGCUCCUUGAGGCCCAGCUGGGGAAGGUGCGGCUGGAAAAGGAGAACCAGCGCAUUGCAGACCUGGAAGCCCAGCUCGCAGCAGCUCUAGGGGGAAGUCCAAACUCGCAAACAGCUGCAGCCAGCACACUCUCAGCACAGAGCCAUGAGGAAGCCGGGACAGAGCAGAAAGCUGCAGGGAAAGAGACUACGCUGUGCACCAGCCUGGUUGGCAUGUUGUGCACCACACCUACAGUUGAGCAUGUGGGAGACGAGGAGUCUAGGGAGCAGCUGAUAAAGACUCACUACAUGGCUAGAGUAGGAGAGCUCACUACCCAGCUCCAGAUUUCAGACAGCAAAGCUGUGCACUUUCACUCUGAGUGUCGAGCUUUGGCCAAGAGAUUAGCCAUUGCAGAAAAAUCACGGGAGACUCUGAGCGAGGAGGUCAAACUGGCUAAUCAGAACAUCACGCGCUUGCAGGAUGAGCUGGCUACGACGAAGAGGAGCUACGAAGACCAGCUCAGCAUGAUGAGCGACCACCUGUGUAGCAUGAAUGAGACUUUGAGCAAGCAGAGGGAGGAAAUUGACACACUUAAACUGGGCAGCAAGGGAAAUGCCAAAAAGAACAAAAGUCGCUAGAGCUGCCCUUAAAACUCUGGCUCCAUUUGGCAUCACAAACGGGACCUGGAGAGAUGAGCUGGACCGUGGAGCCUUCAAGCAGCGUCCUGGUACCAAAACUACCACUGUCACCAAUCCACAGGACAGCCACACGAGCCUCAGAUUCCUUUGCUGUCAGACAGUGGCAGACAAACUGUAUGGAGGCUGUAACGUGUUUGACUGAAGAAGCUUUUUUUUCCCCUUUUCCUUGUCACAGCACCAGUUAUAACAUAACAUGAUUUGCUAAAAAUGCUUUCUGAAACUGUACCGGAAGCUGCUGCUUGACCUUUAGGUCAAAGCAGGGUGGGAGAGAAACAGCUUUUCCCCACAAGGGACUGAGGAAGAUAAACAGCUGAAAACAGCUCAAAUUGGUAAUGCUCACUGAAGUCAAGACUUGAAGACCAAACCCUGUUGAUCAGUGUGUGUACUUUUUUCUGCUUAAUGUGUGAGAGAAAAUGAAACUGCAUUCUUACUGCUUAUCUGUGGGAGCAGGCAAACAGAGCAAAUGUUGGUGUGGCUGUAUGUGUGCAGAGUGUUUUGUCAUUGUGAGACCGUGGCACCAGGCUUUACAACAUGUGAGUAUUGUUUUAUGCUUAGAUUUUUUUAGAUCAAAUUUGAGAUUACUUGUGCACAUGGUUCUAAGGGCCUGUAUGUCUACAUACAGCAUAAUACCCCUUCUAACACAUGCAUAUAUAAUGAGCUUCUGUAAAGAAGGGCUUUAAAACCUGAAUGAACUAUUAACAAAGACACACUUGAAUUCAUUCCUCAUUUUGGAAAAUUUUCAAUCCUCUGGGAGUAGAGAAAAGAAAACAAAAGAAAUCUGCCUUGAAGCACUGAUUAACUGUGUUUACCUAGACUAGAAGGGUAGGAUGGACAAGUCAGAGCUCGUAAAAUGGUGUCAGUCUGUUUCUGUGGAGUUACUCUGUAACAAGUUGUUUUUAUCACCAAAGUUAAGUGUAGAUGUGCACAGGUGUGGCACAAGAGUCUCUAAAUUCAUGUUGUAAUAUGUAUGGAUAAAAAGGGUUAAUAUGAAUAUACACUCAUUUCAAAUCACGAUAUAAUUGUACUGUAUAAUUUCUAAACAAAAUAUAUACAAAAAAGGCAUUUAUUCAGAGGUUAGAAAUCUUUAUUUUCCACUAAAUCUGGGAAACUGCAGCUAGUUUUUUGUUUUGUGUGUGUGUUUCCAACAAAGCCUGAUUCCUGGGAGGUGUCAUAGAGGGGUUGGCACAUACUGUAACUGGUGCUUAGAUGGCCUAAUUCAUGAGUCAUGGCAGAGUGCAGUCAAGGUUUACAGUAAAACAGAACCUCUCUGACUUGUAGUGACUCGAGAUAAUUGAGAGAGAUAAGCCCUAGCUAGUGACUGUGAGCAGUUCAUUCAAACCUCUUGUUUGCCAGUCUACACCUGCCAGCAAACCUUUGAUCACAAAGAUUUGCCAACGCCCCCAGAACCAACAAAAUAAAAAAAGAAUAAUACUAAUACUUGUAUUCUCACAGUGUAACCUGUUCAAAAGCACAUAUAAAUAUGUGAAACAAAAUAAAGAGCUUGCUCAACACUUA